AAAUCAUAAGUCUCGAAACCCAGAGGCGAGAGCCUUGAGACACGUGCUUCAAAGUUCAGGGAAGGAUCAGACAAAGAAAAACUUGGCUGAGAAGCAGAAAUGUCUUUCAAAGAAAACAAGAAGAGCCUGAAGUCUCUCACUACCUUUCCUGGACAGCUGCCUUCUUUCGAGAUGCCCAGCUCAUUUGCCUGGAUUCACCACAAGAGAAGCAGCUUCUAACUCCAUUCCAUCAGCCAGAGCAAAGGAAUAUCACUUUUUGGAAGUGAUGCGGGUCCUUCUCCAUCUCCCAGUCCUUUUGGCUUCCCUGACCUUGUUCCAGGCUGCAGCAUCUGACACCAAUGCGCAGACCACCGCUGCCGCCAUGUCUGACGCCGUGCGUCAGGUCAAGGCUCACGUCAACAAGGCUUUCCUGGAUUCCCGGACCAGGCUGAAGGCUGCCAUGAGCUCUGAGGUGCCCACCACUCGACAGCUCUCAGAGUACCUCAAGCAUGCCAAGGGCCGGACGCGCACAGCCAUCCACAAUGGGCAGGUGUGGGAGGAGUCCUUAAAGAGACUGUGGCAGAAAGUGACCCAGACCAACGUCACAGACCCCAGCCUGGACUUGACUGCACUCUCUUGGGAGGUGGGCUGUGACGUCCCAGUUUCCGUGGUGAAAUGUGACGAGAACAGCCCUUACCGCACCAUCACAGGAGACUGUAAUAACGGGAGGCACCCCGCCCUGGGAGCCGCCAACCAGGCGUUGGCGCGCUGGCUGCCGGCAGAGUACGAGGACGGGCUCUCCCUGCCCUUCGGCUGGACGCGGGGGAAGAGGCGGAACGGCUUCCCUCUCCCGCUGGCCCGUGAGGUAUCCAACAAGAUUGUCGGCUACCUGAAUGAAGAGGGUGUUCUGGACCAGAACAGGUCCCUGCUCUUCAUGCAGUGGGGUCAGAUUGUGGACCACGACCUGGACUUUUCCCCGGACACGGAGCUGGGGAGCAGCGAGUACUCCAAAGCGCAGUGUGAUGAGCACUGUAUCCAGGGAGACAACUGCUUCCCCAUCAUGUUCCCGCGCAAUGACCGCAAGGUGAUGACUCAAGGGAAAUGCAUGCCUUUCUUCCGAGCUGGGUUUGUCUGCCCCAAUCCACCUUACCAGUCUUUGGCCCGAGAGCAGAUCAACGCCCUGACCUCCUUCCUGGACGCCAGCUUAGUGUACGGCUCUGAGCCCAGCCUGGCCAGCCGUCUCCGUGACCUCAGUAGUCCGCUGGGCCUCAUGGCCGUCAACCAGGAGUUCUGGGACCACGGGCUGGCCUACCCACCCUUUGUCAACAAGAAGCCGAGCCCCUGUGAGGUCAUCAACACCACUGCCCAAGUGCCUUGCUUCCUGGCGGGUGAGUUUAGGCUGGGAACAGAGGCGCCCAAGGACAAGGGGGUUAUCCUGGGGACUGAGAGCAGAGGGAGGCCAGAAAAACUUCACGAGGCCCCUGGGCAGCCUCUGGGGAGGCUUUACCAUUGUUCCUUCUCAUCAUCUUCUACAAAAACACACACCGAGCCACCACCGCCCCGGGCACUGUCCAGGACUGGCAGAAGGGCCCAGGUGAAUACAGAAUCUAAGAACGUAUGUUCACUGUAAAAAUAAAUAAGAAAAUUCACAAGA